AUGGGAUCAAAUGGGACCGAAACAACUCCGAGAUGGCGGAUAGCCAUAGGUUGUGAUGACGCCGGCGUCAAUUAUAAAGACACAAUCAAGUCGGACUUCGAAAAAGACCCCCGCGUUGAGCAUGUCGAAGAUGUCGGCUCGUUCGCCACCGACGACAAGACAGCGUAUCCGCACCGCGCAGCAGCAGCAGCACGCCUGGUCGCCGAGGGCAAGACAGACCGGGCGCUUCUCAUAUGCGGCACCGGCCUGGGCGUCGCCAUCGCCGCCAACAAGGUCAAAGGCGUGCGCGCCGUCACUGCGCAUGACUCCUUUUCGGUCGAGCGGGCGGUCAUGAGCAACAACGCUCAGGUCCUGUGCAUGGGCGAGAGGGUCGUGGGCUUGGAGCUCGCGAGAAGGCUGGCGAGGGAGUGGCUUGGCUAUGUCUUUGAUGAGAAGAGCGCGAGUGCCAAGAAGGUUGAGGCCAUCAACGAUCUGGAGGAAGAGGACACCUGA